AUGAUAUUGGCACUACUGCACACGCUGUUAUUACUCAUCAGAUCAGCGUAUCUUAGUACAGAGUCAAAAAUUGUCCUCGACGUUAUCUCUGUGUCAGACACUCACGGCUGGAUUUACGGCCACAGACAUCUACCAGAAUAUGGAGAUUAUGGCACGCUUCUUUCUUACAUAGAGCGCACAAGACAAAAAGCUUUGGAGUCCGAAGGUCGAUCUGUGUUAGCAGUAGAUGCGGGGGAUCUGGUAGAGGGAACAGGGCUUAGUGAUCUCACAAAAGUUAAGGGAGAAAAGAUACUGGAGGCGGCAUCCUAUAUUGGCUUCGACCUACAGACGAUAGGGAACCACGAAUCAUACUAUAAGGAGACAACAGAUUACAUACACAGCAAGGUUGAAGCCCUCUUCGGUGACAGAUAUAUAACCACCAAUGUUUUUAUGCGCGAUACGAACGUGCCAGUCGGAAGCGGAAGAUAUAAGUAUCUCGUUCUUCCUACUGGACUCCGGGUUCUCAUGCUUGGCUUUCUAUUCCACACCAGCCCAUAUGACGGGGUCUACACUAUCCCUGCGAGGGAGGCCAUUGCAUCCCAGGAGAUCACCGGUGUCCUUGAGAAGUAUAAGUACCAAACGGAUCUGCUAGUCCUCGCAUGUCAUAUACCGACAUAUGACCUGGAGAUAUCCGAAAUAGUUACAGAACUGCGUGCGUUUUAUAACCAAAUCAAUUAUACCAUUCCGAUAAUAAUUAUUGCCGGUCACUACCACCAAAUUAAGAACACGUAUUGCAUGGACGGUCAGGACAAGCAGUGCUACAUUGUCGAGGGUGGGUGUUAUCUGCGCUUUAUGCAGCACGUUACCUAUGAGUUCAAGCCCAUGACUUAUAGCCAUGAAGGGAAUACGUAUACAGGAUACCAGUUUUCCUCCGUAGACUACUCUUUACCCUACAACUUUACGUCCGAGAGUUUGGCAAAGAGAUUCAACCUUACUACGGAAACGUUCAUGACUGAGAACGGGGCCAUCCUCUCGAAUAAGAUUGCCGGGUGGGUGGCAGAUCUAAACCUGACAGCCUUUAUUGGCUAUAACAAGCACUACUACAGCAUGUUCAAGAACGCUACAGAUCAAGAUUCUAUCUUUAACCUGUGGCUCAAUGGAGCAAUUCCUGCGGUGUUCUAUCCUACAAGGUCUACUCCGUGCCUCCCUUUUCCAACGAUUUCUUCUGGGACGGCCAGGUAUGAUUUUUUUCCUGGGAACGUCACUAGAGAUGAUUGCAUUGCAAUCCAGCCCUCUUGGCAAACCAUGUCGACGAUUCGUGGGCUAACAGCCAACCUGAUUGCGUGUCUCUUUUCAGUGAAGAAUGGGCUUGCAGAAACCAUGUAUCCCCUUCCAGAAGGUCUAUUUGAUUGGGAGGACCCCCACCUUAUCAAUUACCAGACAACUUUGGACCCUUUUACCUUAAACCCAAAUAAGUGCUACGACUUGCUAACGACCAUAAAAAGCGCAGAGAGCUUUCUUGCUCUGUUACAGGAAGGAGGAGCUUGCUAUGAAGAGGGAUCCGGUCCAUACUCUGUUUCUCCCUACUAUGAUCAGAAUGGACAAGAGGUUAAUGCAAUCGACGUUCUUCUCAAGUACGUCGAGAUGUACAUGCCGAAUUUGGAUGUCGUCUCUCCUUAUAUUCUGACCCACGAUCUCCAUCAAGCAGACAAAGACUUUAUGAUGAUGAUGGGGACAAUAUCCUUCGCAAUAUAUAUUACGCUAAUUAUGGUUGCAUUAAUAAGCUUCUGCAUUAAGCCACCAGUCAAGACUGUCUCUGCACACAGACGCUCCGUGGACAGAACUCAGAGUAGCAGCGAAUCCAAUCCUUCCAUCUCAUUCUUUGAUACACAGGAUAGUUUAAGUAAUUCUGAUAUUAUCACUUAG